AUGCCUGUUGGAAGUAGUACAUGGCCUACAGAUAAAGAAUGUCUGUUAGAAUUAGUGGCGUUUAUUGCUUCUCUGCUUCUGACCACAACCGUGGUACAAGCAGAAAUCCAGGACACUUUAAAACCAGAGGAUGACCUGAAAGUUUCAGCCACUGGCUAUGGUUCAAGUGGCGGAGGGGGUGGUGGUUAUGGUGGUAGCGGAGGCGGAGGUGGUGGUGGUUCCAUUAGUAUUCAGGCGAUACCAGUGUCAGUAAGUGGAGGCGGCGGAGGUGGUCAUGGAGGUGGAGGCAGUGGUGGUGGAGGUUACGGAGGUGGUGGUGGUGGUGGAGGAGGAGGAAACGUUGUUCUUGGACUUCUUGCUGUACCCCUUUCUCUGAGUUCAGGCGGUGGUGGUGGUGGGGGCGGCGGUGGAAAGUUUGGUGGUGGUGGUGGAGGAGGCGGAGGCGGAGGAGGUGGUGGUUAUGGUGGAUGGUGGGACUAG